CAAGAGUUUGAGGUUGCUGUGGGCUGUGAUGCUAGGAUACUCUACCCACGGCAAUAGCUUGAAACUGUCUCAAAAAGAGAUGGGGGGGAGGGAGGGAGAGAGAAGGAAAAUCUUGAUCACCUUGGACAGGGAAGGUUUCCUCAUUGAGACACCAGGCACAGUAGGGCCAGAUCACCAUCCAGGAGAUGGAACACAUUGCCCCAGAAUGUGUAAGGUCGAGGGCUUCUCUCAUUUACCCACACCAAAGUCGCCUAACCUCAGAAGAGAAUGAACAGCUACUCGUGGCAGUCUGAUAUUUGGCCAAGAGAUGCUGUCUCAUAACAGAAAACUCUCUAAGGGGCCCUAUACAGCAUUUUUGCUGACCUUGCAUUGUCCUUCACAGUUCACAUUUCACCGUGGACGUACUGUUUAAAAUUAGUGACCAGAUAAACACUUAAGACUUCCGAAUCUUCUGGUAAAAUGGCUGCUCAGCUUAAUGACGAGAAAGUUCCUCACAUAGACACUUUCACAGUAACACAAGAGUGUAUGACUACUAAACGGUCCCAAUCACACACUCAACGCCGCACACCGUCACGACAUUCACCACACGGUCAUUCAGAGCCCUAUGCAGAAACUCCCGAUGCUUCAGACCUCCCCGCAGCGACCCAGCUCAAACGCACGUCCACCGCGGGUCCAUACACAUAGGCACUCACAACCCCCGAAAAAUUGAAAAGAGAUGUUGGCUGUGGCCUUCCCACCCUAGAGAGUACUACGCUUCCCAGAAAAGACUGCGGCGCGCGUCCAAUCACGGCGCAGUAUGGGAAGGCUGUGUGCGUCCGCGCCAUCUUCCGGCUUCGCGCGGCGAGUCCUCUGCUACAGAGGUGGAAGGGCAUCCUGGGAUGCGGUUGCGGUGGCCCUUGGACCCGAAGAGGCGUCAGCUCUGCCAUCUCACGUCUGUGCCCUUCCCCAAGAGAGGAACCAGGAGAAGGACCCAUCAGGCCUUGAAAUUCUAAAAGUCAUGUCCCUUGGGUCAGAAUUGUUCAGGGAUGUGGCCAUACUCUUCUCCCAAGAAGAAUGGCAGUGGCUGGUGCCUGCUCAGAGGGAUCUGUACAGAGAUGUGAUGUUGGAGACCUACAGCAACCUGGUCUCACUGGGUCUUCCCAUUUCCAAACCUGAUGUAAUCUCCUUCCUGGAGCAAGGCAAAGAGCCCUGGAUAGUGGAGAGGGUGACAACAGGAGACCUGUGCCCAGUAGUGGAAUCUGGAUGUGAUGCCAAGGUAUUAUCUCCAAAGCAGCAUGUAUAUGAAGUUGAAUCACCCCAAUGGGAGAUUAUGGAAAGCCUUACAGGUUAUAGUCUUGAGUGCUCGAGUGUCCAAGAUGACUGGGAAUGCAGAAGCCAGUUUAUCAGACAAGGAAAUCUAAACAGACAUUUCAGUGAAAUGACAAUCAGUCGUGAAGAAAUUCCUAUUUUUGACCAGCAAGAAUCCCUUGCUUUUUAUCAGAAAAUUCAUACUAGAGAAAAACCCUAUGGCUAUGAUAAAUGCAGAAAAGACUUCUGGCAAAAGAAAUUCCUUAUUAAUCAUCAAGGAAUUCAUACUAAUGAGAAACCCUAUAAAUGUAAAGAAUGUGGGAAGGCCUUUAAAUAUGGCUCACGAUUAAUUCAACAUGAGAAUAUUCAUUCUGGCAAGAAACCCUAUGAAUGUAAGGAAUGUGGGAAGGCUUUCAAUUCUGGUUCAAAUUUCAUACAACAUCAGAGAGUUCAUACUGGUGAGAAACCUUAUGAAUGUAAGGAUUGUGCAAAGGCUUUCAGUCGAAGUUCACAGUUGAUUGAACAUCAGCGAAUUCAUACUGGUGAGAAACCCUAUCAGUGUAAGGAAUGUGGCAAGGCCUUCAAUCGUAUCUCACAUCUUAAAGUACAUUAUAGAAUUCAUACUGGUGAAAAACCCUAUGCAUGCAAGGAAUGUGGGAAAACCUUUAGUCACCGGUCUCAAUUGAUUCAACAUCAGACUGUUCAUACUGGCAAGAAACUCUAUGAAUGUAAGGAGUGUGGGAAAGCCUUUAAUCAAGGUUCAACUCUUAUUCGACAUCAGAGAAUUCAUACAGGUGAGAAACCCUAUGAAUGUAAGGCAUGUGGAAAGGCCUUUAGAGUGAGCUCACAACUUAAGCAACAUCAGAGAAUCCACACUGGAGAGAAACCCUACCAGUGUAAGGUGUGUGGGAGAGCUUUCAAACGGGUCUCACAUCUUACUGUACAUUACAGAAUUCAUACUGGUGAAAAGCCAUAUGAAUGUAAGGAAUGUGGGAAGGCUUUUAGUCAUUGCUCACAACUGAUUCAACAUCAAGUAAUUCAUACUGAGGAAAAGCUCUAUGAAUAUAAGGAGUGCAGGAGGACCUUAAGUCAUGAAUCAACUGUUCAACAUCAGAGAAUGCAUAAUAGAGAAACACAUGUGAAUUUAAUAAAUGUAGAAAAGCCUUCAAUCAGCACUUAUCCCUUAUUAAUCAUCAGAGAAUUUAUGCUGGCAAGCAACCAUAUGAACGGAAGUAAUGGAGAAAGCCCACUAGCUUAGGCUAAUCACAACUCUUACGGAUGAAGACCUGAAGAAUGUAAUGUAAGUGAGAAUGCCUUCAUUUAGACCUUAUAUUUUAUUCUAAAUCAGAAAAUCCGUAUCAAAGAAAAAUUUUCUGGAUGAAAAUUGUUUAGAUCAUGAUUGUUAAAGAAGCAAGAAAAGGCUAGAAAAAUUUUGUUCUCCAACACAUUCCAGUAUCACAUUUUCUAACUACAGUGUAAUAAUUUUAACAAGAGUCAAUGUUUUAGUUUUCUUGGAAAUUAAAAAAAAGUCAAAUUAUUACUUGAUUAACAAGGAAAUAGAUCAUGUGAUCCCCAUAAAUGGUAAUGGAAAGAAUGAAUUGAGAAGUUUACACAUCAAGAGACAUGAGGUGUAGGCUACAAAGAGAUGUGAGAUGUAGCCAAAGCUUCACCUAGAGUAAUUUUUAUAGCUUUUAAAUGCAUGCAUAUUAUAUGAAAACCUGAAAGAUAAAUUGUAAUACACUAAAUGUGCUACUCAAGACUACCAAACACCCAGGCAAUGAAAAAAAGUAAUAAGAACAGAAAAUGAUGAUCAAUAGUAAAUAGAAAAUGAUCAUCUUUCGCUAAUCUCAGUUUUUAUUUCUUCCUGAUCCAGGAAUAAUUUAAAUUUAGGAAAGUGUUUCUUAAUUUCUACAAUGUUAAAUUAUUUUUAGUUAAUUUACAUGACUGUCACAGACAGAUGGUUGCCAGCCUAGCAGGCAUAGCCAAGCCCCCUUCUUUCUGGCAGCAGCUGUGUCUUGUCUUAUCUGAGGCUAUCAGAUGCUAAUUUUCCAGCAUCCUGUACAGCUCAGAAUGGCCAGUAUAUCCCAGUGUUGGCCAGGGGAAUCUUCUGGAACUACUGGGAAAUAUUUUACUCUCAGAGGUGACGUAUAUUAUGGAAACUCCAUCCCUCUCACUUACUGCUUUUAAACAUUUUCUUAUGAAAACUUGAUGCCCAGAGCUGCUGCAGCUAUCUUGGAACCAAGUGGAGAAAACAGGGGGCCUCAGCAAAGCUGACCUAGAGCCUUAGCUACUGGGCUACUGGGCCAAUUCUGGAAUUGCCUCUUUGAUGCCUUGUUAAGUAAAAAAAAAAAAAAAACUUGCUGGAAACCUUUUAUUUGGAUAUUUUAUAAAUUUGCAGCCAAAAGCAUCCUAAAUGGCAUAACUUCAGAAUUUAUUUCAUUACAAUUGGUACUUUUGGCCUGAAAAUAUCUACUUUUGUCAGUUUGGCUUUGUAGAUUUUUGUAUAUGUUCCAUGAAUGCUGAAAAAAAUAUUUAUUCUACAUUUGUGGAUACAAGUUCCUAAAGUAAGUUUAUUGAACCACCGGAUUACAAUAAAAUUCUCCAUGUUUUUAUAUAAUAUAGCAUACUGGAUCAGAAUUUCCUAAAAUUGAUUGCUUUUUUCUUUGUUUUUGGCCAAGGUCUUGAAUUUCCAGAGAUUUUUGCUUUUUAACUUACGUUGUUUGACCAAUAGUGACAUAUUACUAAACCUCUGUUUAUGGAUCAUCUUUUAUCAUUACAUAAUAUCCCAUUUUGGCUAGUACAGGGGUUUACAAACCUAAUCAAGCCUACUGCCUGUUUUUUAAAAUAAAGUCUUAUUGGAACACAGCAUGGUCACUAUCUGUGACUGCGUUUGUACCACUAUAUCAGAACUGAA